CGUGUUUUCCUCGACACUGGGCGUCAUGAUGUUUGUCGGCUCGAGAGGAUCCGGCUCACCGAAGGGUCCGAAGCAGGCUUGCGUUCAAGCGUUUAUGACCGGGAUCGACAUCACUUGCAGCGCCGCCACUGCUCGCACCGCUACGCGGGGUUACGAACAGCAUGAACACUUUGCCUACUUAAUCUAUGAGGUUGACCAGAACUUUCAUUAUGCCACCUACGAGACCGAAAAGAGCUUGGCAGAAAAGAUGAACAUGUACAUCGUACACAUCUCAGACGGCUGGGCUCUGUUCGAGGUAGACCGUGACACCCGGAGGGCGUGUGGCACAUCCAAGGACGAUGAUUACCCUCGCCUGUCAAGUGCCCAAGAGCAAGCGCGUUCUCGCCAGACGGUAGACGCUAGUGCACUAUCAAGCUCGAAAAAAUAAGAAAUAAAAAGAAACGCAUUAAUUUUCCUACCCCUGUAAUAUGUAUAUCACUUUUAAUUGGAACGUCUUUACCUACUGCAUGAACUGCUCCCUUUGGAAGAACGUUGGGGGGCAGCAGAGAUGGCUGCUAGCGAGUGCUGCCUAUUCGAGCACACGUUGUGCUCCGAUGCAGUUUUUGAGCUCUGUACUUGAGUUUAAAAG